GCAAUUGCGGUUAAUUUUAUUAGCCAGAGAAUAAAAAAAACGUCAAAGGAAACAUAUUCAUUCUGAACGUAGAAUGUAUUCUAUUUAUUUACUCGAAGAUAAAACAAAUUAAUUUAACUUUUUAAAAAUUAAACCUUAAAUAGUUUGAGGUAAUUAAUUCCAUCGAGUUUAAUGGCACAAUGACGGGUCGACAUUGAUUAACAGCAACACUGGUGAUAAUGAGCUUAUUCAUAUCAUAACAAGUGCAUUGGUAAAAACAAUCGAUAAUAACACUAUUGAAAAUAAUAUAGUAUUAAUAGUAUUUCUCUUAUUUUAGGCACCAGAUUGUAAUUUGAUGAUGAAGAACACUUAAUUGAACUGAUUUCAACUGAAAUGAGUUUUGCCCACCCCGCUGGAAUUGUGAAAACAAUGCCUUACAAAGAAGACAAAACUUGGCCUUGCGAUUGAACAAAGGCUUUAUACUUAUAUACAAACAAACAAUACGGUCGUAUUAUCAUAUGGAGCAUCAGCUUAGCAGACAAAAGAAUUUGGAAAGUUACCAACCCCCGUUUUGCAUUUCUUUUCUUAAUUGUAAUAAUUAGUGAGAGCACAAUGACGUUAAAUUGAUCUCAGACUAGUUGGGGUUUUUACUCAUUCUACUAAGAAAAAGUGACUAAGAGGUACAACAAAGGCAAGAAAAAACACCAAGCAUCAAAGAUGCCGUCGCUACGUCAAAAAGUCACAACAUAUUUUCGUCAAUUAAGUUUUAUUGCUGAGCCACGCGAUAGCCCCAGAGGAGCACGUAAAGCUUCAGAUGAUGAUAACUUUAUUAUAAAAUAUUUAGAGGGUCGCAUGGAGCGUCAGUUUGUGCCUAGUCCAGAGAUUUCAAAUGGACAAAAUCCAACCGACUUGCCAGAUUUGAAAAUUGGUAUUUACCCAACUGGUCCCACCACCAUAACUGCCGCUUGUACCGGUCCUGACGAAGGACUCACUGGCAUAAAGCGCUCAAAAUUGCAUUUAAGUGCAAGUUAUGCAGAUGAUAUUGACUUCAUUGACACUAAUCAAGAGAGUGAUUGCUUCGAGGUUCGAAAAAGUAUUAACACAAACAGUCGUAAUCAAAACAAAUAUAGUCGUUUUGGAGGUACGCCACGUAAAUUAAGCAACAGUGCCAUAACGCCAAUCGGUGAUCAAAAUGCAAACAAGACAUCUGGUAUGCGCUCACGCAAAAACUCUCGCACCAGUAUUUCCAAUCUCAGUAAGAUGCAAAGUAAUAUAAAUUCAGUAAGUACUGCUAAAGACUCGGAUAAGUCAACGGUAAAUGAAACAACCUCUACUACGGAAACCAAAAAGGCCACUGAUAAUGCUAACAAAUCCACAACCAUUGUGGUAAGUAUGGUAAGCACAAAGUUAGUAUCUAGUGAUGCAGCAGAUCAAAAUAACAAGAAUAUCUUAAAUUCGCCGAGAAGUGAAGGUAUGAAAACAACCAAAUCUCUAGUAGAUUCUUCAGAUACAAAAGAAGCACAAAAAACCGAUUUGGCUCAAAAAAAUAAUGAAGUAGAUAAUUCCACAAAGAUUUUAUUAGAUAAUACAACCGAACGUUUGCUCCGUGAAGCGGUUUCGAAUCAGUCUGAAGUAACCAGUUGCAAAGGUAUCGGUAGUUUUAUGGGAGAUGCCAUUGCUGGUGUAUCGGAUUGGCACAUGGAGACUGAUUAUGCUUACGGUAUUUCAGUGUCUCUGUACGAGACCAACAUGCUGACAAAAGAGCCAAUGGGCAGUCCUAUCGCCGAUUGCUAUGGCAUCGUAGUACGAGGAGAUGCAGCAGCGAUGGCGCUUGCUGAUGGUGUCAAUUGGGGAGAUGGUGCCCGUUUAGCUGCACGUUCCGCUGUACAUGGUUGUCUUGAUUAUUUGGAUCGAGCAAUAUUCGGUCUGGCACGAGAGUGCAUGGCCACUUCCACCACGGAAGUAUUUGUUAGUCUUCUUCGUAGCUUGUGGGAGGGUCAUGGCUGCAUUCUAGAAGUGGGCGGUUCGCUGAGUACUCUUACAGUAGCUGUGGUAUUACCCCUGUUUGAAGAGGGCAGAACCGAAAAUUGUGGCAAAUACGUUGUUUGCGCAUGCAAUGUUGGUGACUCAUUGGGAUACGUGUAUUCAAAAAAAUAUGGCGUACGCGAGUUUACACAAGCAUCACACGAUAUAACCUCAAUGCGGGACAUGCGUGAUGCAUUAGGUGCUCUCGGGCCUGCCGACGGAAACAAGCCAGAAUUAGGAAACCUAACUUUAUCAAUGACUGUCAUUGAAAAAGGCGACAUUGUAUUCUUAACUUCGGAUGGAAUAAGUGACAAUUUCGAUCCAGUCGUUGGAAAGUUCGCUGAAGCAUGGACUCCGGAAGUUAAAUUGAUGUCGAGCUCCACGACGCAAGGGCAACAUCAUUUGGCUCCAAAGCGGCAAAAUAAGAGCGCAUCAUCUAUUUAUGCCCGUCUUCAUCACACACAUAACCCGACUUCACCAGCAAACGCACCAACACGGCCACCACGCACUAAGAAAUCACCAUCACCAGAAGACGUUAAUACAAGUAGUGCUGCUGGUGCACCUAGUCGACCAAAGUAUAUGCGUUCACAUACUGUGAUAGAACCGAGACGCCUUUCCGUAGCAGGCCACUCUACGACAAGACAAGCACAACUUGCUUCUGCCCUCCAACCAAAGAUACCGAAAUCGGCUUCCGGUCUACCCUUAGUUACUGGGCCACAACGUCAUGCACUCACGCUCUAUAGACUAGAGGAUCUCCUGAGCUAUGGUAUUAAUGGAACAUUUUCACCAUGCACAUCAGCCAGGCGACUAUGCCAUCUGCUAAUUGAUUUCGUUAGAAUGAUAACCUCAGCGCGGCGAAAGACUCUUGAACAACGAGAGCUUUUUUACAAAUUAGCAACAGGUCCAGACGGAAUCAAACGAGAGGUCCAACUAAAUAGAAUGCAACAUCGAGGGGCACGCAAACGAGUGGUGGAUAGCAGCGCUUUUUCUUCCUUGCCGGGAAAGCUAGAUCAUGCAACAGUAGUGGCUUACACUGUAGGCAUUGGAUGCAACAGAUAUACUACCGAGAAAAAUGGUAGUAACGGCGUACAGAUGGCUGCCUCUACUUCAACUGCUGCAGCACUAUUGCAGUCAAAAAAUUUUAAUGAAACUAAUUUUUAAAUUUGUUUAACAAAAAUAUGUAUGUAGAACUUAGCAUCACCAAAUCAUAUUGAUAAUACUGUAGCGCUUGGAAUAAUGUAUUUAAAGGACGCAGAGGUAAUACAUCAUAUAUGUACUUGAGGGAAUUAAGCACAAUUGGGAAUUAUUGGUAUUAUGUGACCUGCGACCAUUUAAAAUGUUUGGCGAAUUUUGUAGCAAAGCUUCUAACUCGUCCACAAUGCCCCUGCAUAUAGUGCAUACAUACAUAUGUAUUGAUGCUCGUGCUAAAUGUGGCUUGAUAAAAAAUAAAAUAAAAAUGCGGCCGAUUUACUUUAAAGCUGAUGAAAAAA